AUGGCGACCGCACCGGGAGCACCAGGAGCAACGACAGCAACACCAACACCAAGGCUAAAUGGAGGAGAGACAGUAGCUCAACCUGCACCUCCAGAAUCCUCACAUAAUCACUUCAGUCCAGGCGACAAACCACCAACACUCCCCUGGCCAGAUAUCGGUCACCUAGCCAAAUGGUCCGUAUCAUCCUACAAAUUUGGUUUCGGUCCAGAAUGUCUCCGAGACGGGGACCCAGAUACCUUCUGGCAUUCAGAUGGAGCUCAGCCACACUCUGUCUUCAUACAGUUUCCUCGUAAGACUGCUGUUCAGAAAAUUAGUUUACACCUAAGUUUCCCUCUGGACGACUCGUACACGCCUUCCACGAUCUGCCUACGAGCAGGUACGAGCCUCGGCGACCUGCAAGACGUGCGCGUGGUAUCGCUCGACAAACCGAAUGGCUGGAUCACCUUUGACGUUUCUGCCGAAUUGAAUGAAGAAGGGCAAGAAUUCAAGCCAGUGUAUUGCUACGUUCUACAAAUCAUCAUCCUGGCGAACCACAUGAAUGGGAAGGAUACUCAUGUCAGAGGUCUUCGUAUCCUUGGUCCGUUAGAAGAAUCAACACAUGAAGACGACCCAUUCCCAUUCGUUUCUCCCCGGUUCAAAAUGUUUGAAUGUAUUCGAUAG